CUUCCGUGUCCGCGUCCUCUCCCUCUAUUCUUCCUCUCUCUCUCUCUCUCUCUCCCCUCGUUCAUGUCGACGUCCUGUUCAUAGUACCCGCGAAGAACAUCACUGCCGUAUCAUCGUCGCUUCUGAGCUCUCGCUACAUCAAUUCACUUCCUCAGGUCUUGGAUUAUAUUAUCAAUAUCACAGAGUAAUCGAAUCCUAAAUUUUUACUUCCCGAGGAAAAUGUUCGGUUCAAAGAAGUCUCCCUUGAAGUCGUCUAAGGCUAGCUCCAACCCUUUUGACUCUGAUGACGAAUUUGAUAGAAAGCCGGCACGUAACACCUUGCCGAGAAAGACUUCUUCCGAGCCUACGCUGAACCCACCGGACUUUGGCAGCAACCCUUUUGAUGACUACGAUGGGAAAGAAACACCCUCUUCCUACCCGAACUCCGUGACCUCGGCAUCGAAGAAUAAGUAUAAGAAUGACUUCCACGACUCGGGGGGAUUGGAGAACCAAUCUGUGCAGGAAUUGGAGAAUUACGCUGUCUACAAAGCUGAGGAGACCACGAAGACCGUCAAUGGCUGCCUGAAGAUAGCAGAGGACAUUAGGGAGGAUGCAACUCAGACUCUGGUGACCCUGCAUCAGCAGGGUGAGCAGAUCACCAGGACCCAUGAUCUUGCUGCUAAUAUUGAUCACGAUCUUAGUCGGGGGGAGAAGCUUCUGGGUAGUCUUGGAGGAAUGUUCUCAAAGACAUGGAAGCCAAAGAAAACCCGAUCAAUUUCCGGCCCAGUAAUCACCAGAGAUGAGAUCCAGAGGAAGGGUCACCACUUAGAGCAGAGAGAUAAAUUGGGAUUGACUUCAUCGAGCAGGCCUAAGUCCCACUCGCGGAUGCCCCCUGCUGAACCCACAGAUGCUCUGCAGAAAAUCGAGGUGGAAAAGGCGAAGCAAGACGAUGGAUUAAAUGAUCUGAGCAACCUUCUCGGUGAGAUGAAGGAUAUGGCAGUUGACAUGGGUACUGAAAUUGAGAGGCAAAACAAGUCACUGGACCAUUUCUAUGACGAUGCGGACGAGCUUGAUUUCCGUGUCAAACAAGCUGCCCAGAGAGGUCGUCGCCUGCUUGGGAAGUAGACUACUCGCGAUUCUUUGCACAGACCACUGUGGGUAGCCUUCUGCUCAGGACUCAGGAGACAGACUUCUUGUGAUUAUUUACGUCCGCUGUCGUAGACAUCUUGGCACCUCUGAUUUUCAAUUUACGUAGCUGCUCUUAUAUUCUAUGACAUAUCACUUCGGAUAAAUCUUGGAGAUUUUGUAAACAAUAAAUCAGCUCUGUUCGAAUCCUGAAUCUUGAUUAAGGAUUUGUGAGCU